ACAAAAACAACAACAACGACUGUAGUGGUUUACGUGCGUGAAAAUUAGUUAAGUUUUUAUGAAAAAACAGUGUUCCGCACAUACGCAACCCCUUAGAAAUUGCCCCAAAUGCUGCAAGAAACGGUUAGGCAAUUGACAAACGGCAGCAACAAACCGCAGCAGUGCUAAACGACGUGAAUUGCAAAAGUGAACACAGUGCCAAAAGCCAAGAGUAAAAGCAAAAAAGGCAGAAAAAGCAAAACCAAAAGCAAAAGCAGAGAAAAAGCUAUACAUUCAUACAUGCAUAUGUACAUACACAAGUGGUGCUCGCGGUGCACUUGACGCCCCCGUUCCAAUAAGUUUAUUUACUUGAUUUUCCUGUAGUGUGUAGUACAAUUGCAAUUCGUACAGCUGCAACAGCUGCAGCAGCAGCAGCAGCUAACCACAGCCAAACAUUAACCGCACACACACACACACAUACACCCACACCCACAGACACAGUCACAGACACAAUUCCACACAAAUACCCUACAUAGCUCGUGUAUACUGUGUAUUGCAGAACGAAAAACCCGCAACCACGCUGUCAUCUGCGCUAUCAACAGCUCCAACACGCUUCAGCUGCAACUUUUUCACUUCAACUCAUUCUCACACACACGUGCACGCACACGCACACAUACAUCGACACACUUACACAUGUCUUACAUGAUGGCCAAGACUUUGGAGGAGCAAAGCCUGCGCGAAUGCGAACAUUAUAUACAAUCGCAUGGCAUUCAGCGCGUCCUCAAAGACUGCAUCGUCCAGCUGUGCGUCUGCCGACCGGACAAUCCCGUGCAAUUCCUGCGCAACUAUUUUCAAAAACUGGAGCGGGAACAAGUCAAACUGGAUGCCAGCAAACAGGUUAUCAGCCCAGACGAUUGUGAGGAUCUCAGUCCAAUGCCACAAACAGCUGCACCGCCCGUUCGCAGGCGCGGCGGCAUCUCCGCCGAGCCCGUGACCGAAGAGGACGCCGCCAACUAUGUUAAGAAGGUCGUACCGAAGGAUUACAAGACAAUGAAUGCCCUGUCCAAGGCCAUAGCCAAAAAUGUGCUCUUCGCUCAUCUGGAUGAGAGCGAACGCUCUGACAUAUUCGACGCCAUGUUUCCUGUCACCCAUACGGCGGGCGAGAAUAUCAUACAGCAGGGCGACGAGGGCGACAAUUUCUAUGUCAUCGAUGUGGGUGAGGUGGACGUUUUUGUCAACUCUGAACUGGUGACCACCAUUAGUGAGGGCGGCAGCUUCGGUGAGCUGGCCCUCAUCUAUGGCACACCACGCGCCGCCACGGUGCGCGCCAAGAGCGAUGUGAAGCUGUGGGGCAUCGAUCGCGACUCCUACAGACGCAUCCUAAUGGGCUCGACCAUACGUAAGCGCAAAAUGUAUGAGGAGUUCCUGUCGCGUGUCUCCAUACUGGAGAGCCUCGACAAGUGGGAGCGCCUAACCGUCGCCGAUUCGCUGGAGACCUGCUCCUUUGAGGAUGGCGAGACAAUUGUGAAACAGGGCGCGGCUGGCGAUGACUUUUACAUUAUUCUCGAGGGCUGUGCCGUUGUCCUUCAGCAGCGCUCCGAGCAGGGCGAAGAGCCCGCCGAGGUGGGUCGCCUGGGCUCCAGCGAUUACUUUGGCGAGAUUGCUCUGCUUCUGGAUCGGCCACGUGCGGCAACUGUUGUGGCACGCGGCCCGCUCAAAUGUGUCAAGCUGGACAGAGCGAGAUUCGAGCGCGUUUUGGGCCCCUGCGCGGAUAUUCUGAAGCGCAAUAUAACGCAGUAUAACAGUUUCGUUUCACUGUCUGUCUAAGCCGACAGCAGCAACAACAACAACAACAACAAAAAGCACACACACCACAGCAACAAGAAGAAGAACA